GAUGGCGGCGUACGAGAAGCGGCGGGCGGCCGCCGCCCCGAUCCCGAUCUCGGGGACGGGCAGCGGGCUGGUGGAGCCGGUCCGGGCGGCGGGGAGCGAAGCGGAGUUCCUGCUGCGGGCCGGCGUCACCGCCAUGGUGCGGGAGGCGCUGCUGAAGGUGCUGGAGGCGCGGCCCGAGGAACCCGUCUCCUUCCUGGCUGACUACUUCGAGCGCCUGGUGCAGGGCGGCCCCGCUGCGGCGGGAGAGGCCUCCGCGGAGCUCCCGGGGCCCCCGCAGCGCCUGGCCCGAGCGCUCUGGUACGUGCGCCUGGCUCACCACUCCCACAGGACGGCCUUCGACAGCAACGCCGGCGCAGCCUACGAGGUGCUGGGCGCAGGCGGGCGGCGGCGGUCAGCGGGAGUGGACGGGCGGCUGUACAGCGAGCUGCUGCGGCGCAUCUGCCAGCACGGGGCGGCACCGGCUGAGGCGGCGUCGGCGCUGCUGCGGCGGGUGCGGUGUCGCGACCACGAGGCCGUCCCCUUCGACGUCUUCCGCUACGGCGUCCUCACCUGCUUCGUCCUCCUGGAGUUCGCAGCCAAGGCCGACGCGCUCUUCGGGGUGCUGGAGGGCGGCUCGGGCACUGCCGACGUCCGGCUGUGCCAGGCUGUGCUGCGGGCGCUGGAGGAGGCGCUGGGCGCCGGCCAGGGCUCCCUGCCCACCCGGUACCUGGAGGCCGGGUCCAAGCUGGGUCCGGACGGUCUGGCUCUGGCCAUGGACCGGGCGCUGCAGGAGAGGAAGCUGAGCAGUGCCAUGAGCCGGGAUGAGUUCCUGAGGAAAGCCACCGCGUUGUUUGUUGCCAAAGUGAAGCCCGUUGAGUAAUGGCGAGGUGGGAGCAGGGCUGCCCACGGCUGCUUCCAACCCUGCAUGGAGCUGUUCUGGCAACGGGGGCUCUGGACCCCAGCUCUGAACUGCACAGCGAGUACUGUGGGCUGGGCAGAGAGCCCGGGUCUGCCUGGCAAGAGAUUCCUGAUUCCUUUGCUCCUUUCCUUGCUCCGAGCACAGCAAGCACUGGGCAGUGCUGGACAGGCCCUGUCUGCUGAGCCUCUCCCAGCCCCUCCAGCCCAGACAGCAUCAGUAAAUCUUGUCCAGGCAUUAACUGGGGACUUGCAAGGCUGGCAUUGGUCAUCUAAAAUGAGCCAGAAUGGGUAAAUUGGGGUGGCCCUCCAGGUAUCGUGUAGUUCUGCCCUGGCUCAGCCGUGUCCUGUCUUGCAGCUUCUGCUGGGAAAUUUGUUUCUGCUUUUGGGUUUGUUUUCUACUUUCCUGGGAAGCGAGGAGGCGAUGCUUCCAACCUGCUGCUGCAGGGGACUGAUGAGCUCAUAGGAAUCGAAAUGUUUUGAACACACAGCAGAUGAGGAGUGGGAGCUGGGGCACAAACCUCGCAGUGCAGGGCUGUGAGGGCUCCGUCCCUGCCUGCUUCGUGUUUACAUGGGCUGAACUCUGGAGAUCAGAACUCCCCGAGUGCAGCUGCAGGGUUUUGGGCCGUGGAGCCCCUCCCUGAGGUCAUGGUUUGCUGUUGUGUGUCGAACCGUUUGUGUGUUAUUUAUUUGAAGUUGUCCGUGUUAAUUAUUUAUACCGUGCAAUUAUUGAGACAUUAAAGCUUUUUACU